AUGAGGGAGAAUUUUGGGGGUAUGGUGAUAGAUAACACUAAUUUAGUAGGAAAAUUGAAGAUAAGAGUGAUGCCAAUAGGAAUAGACAUUGGGGAUUUAGAACUGAACCAUGAGGUGUGGUGGUUAGAAGAAAGAGAUAGGGAAAGAGAUCAGAAACUGGCUCAGAUGCUCCAUGAGCAAGAGCAACAAAGAGAACUGAAAGAAAGGGAAAAGGAAAGAAUGUCAGAACAGAGGGAAAAACAAAGAGACGAAAAACUGGCUCAGAUGCUGCAUGAGCAGGAGAAAAAAUUAACGCAAAAGCUCAUUGAGCAAGAGCAGCGCAGUGAAGCAAAACUCGACAGUAUCCAAAGCGAACUAGCCGAGAUGCGGGACGCGUGCAAAGAAAUACCCGAUCUUGUGCAAAGCUUAGCUGGCGAAAUGCAAAAAUUACAUAUAUCGCAGGCUAGGCUUGAAGAUAAUGUCCAGACUUUAACCAACCGCGUAGAUAAUGUGGAGAUAGAUGCACGGAAAAGUAUUGACGCAUAUUUGGAAGUGCAAGCUCAAAAAGUAGAAAAACAAUUAAAUGAAUGGCUAGAAGUAAAGGAUCGCGAGAUAUCUGCAAAGAUUGAAAGCGACGUAAAAACAGCUGUAGAACAAGCGACUGCGGCCGCGAGUGUAAAUAUUGACGCCAGCGCUGCCGCACUACAUGCCGAAUUAACACAGAUUAAGUCCCGUGUGACUGCGGAUUUGCCAAAUUGGCAACAGGAGGUCGCGCGGAGACUGUCUGCGUUGGAAAGCAAUGUAAACAGUGGCGGACAGAUCAUGAAUCAGACUCCGCGCACUGAUUACUAUAAUAACGCUGACGGUAGCCAGGCUGAGGAAGAUCGUGAUGUGGAGAUGCUCAGGACAUUCAUUGGUUCAGAUACAGACUGCAGUGUUGAACAUGGCACAUCCCUUAUAAAGAAUGUCAUAAAAACUGCUGAGGUUGCAACUAGUGCACAAGUAAAUCAUCGCAAUCAGGAAGAUGAAAUUUCAGAUGAUAAUGCUAGUAUUGAGAACAGUAACAAAACAAAGAAAUGA